AAUACAUACGUAAUUAUUUACAUUUUAUGCAAGAAAACAAAGUAAACAUAAAUAAAAACGUGAUCCCAACAGACAAAAAUUAAUAAUAUUUAAAAUAUACACAUCGGCAGUGUCCUGCUUUCCGUAGUUGUACCGUCGUCAUAGUUACAUGCGUAACACCCUGUGAACUUCAACAGGCAAAUCAUUCAUUAAUAGGAUGAACUUCAUGACAAGUGUUCCCCCACUGGAGUCCAGUGACAUUCUAGUGUCCAACUCCAAAUCAUUAAUACUUGAGCAUGGACGAACUGCCAACCAAGAACACCGUGGUAAUGAACUACAAGACAUUGUUAUGGUCAAGCAGACUAGCCUGCGAUUGAAGAAUCUGAACAACAUAGAAUACUGCAGGUCACUGAAAAUUUGUAUCUUGGCCAACAAUUACAUCACAAAAAUAGAAGCCCUCUCCAAUUGCCACGAAUUGGUUAAAUUAGAUCUUCAUGGUAACCAGAUAACCCAGCUUCCAGGAAGCUACUUCUGGGAUGGGAUGAAGAAUCUACAGUUCCUCAACCUUCAUGACAAUGCAAUAGGAAACAAUAUUCAGUUCCUGUCAAGCUGCCAGAGCCUCAUUGGAUUAACAUUGUAUGACACCCCACUGAGUCUGAGGGAAAGUUACAGGCAUUGUAUUAUUAACAGUAUAUGGUCCCUGAAAGCACUGGAUAAUUAUGUCGUUUCUGAUGAGGAGAUUAUUGAAGACUGGUCUCUUCCUCAAAAAUUCAAAGCACAAACACCUAACUUAUUUGUAGAUCUGUGCCCAGUCACUAAAAUGGAAUCAUUUACAGAUGAAAUGAAAAUGGUAAAGGAUAUCAUCUCAAAGAUAAACUAUACUCUGGCCUUUUAUUCACCAGUUUUAAUUAUUCAGCGAUGGAUUCGGGGGCAUCUAACACGGAAAAGACUUGGAAAAGUUUCAUGGGAUCCAAGACCACCGCAAAGAUCCCACGUCAUGGAGCAGGCUAGGUUUAAAAAGAAUCAGACAAAAAGCAGUACCCCAACUAAGCAGGAUUUAAAGUAUGAAUUCUGCAUUCCAUCUUGUGGAUCCGAAAAGAAUAUUGCUGUAGACCUGGAAAAGCUACUACAAUCAGACAUUGUACAGGCUAAAGAAAGUAAAAAGGAAUCUUACUCAUUAAACUCGGAAAGAAAUGUAAAACGGAAUACUCCAUACUGCACUCCUGUGCAAAGCCACCUGUUUGAAGACAGUAAAACGAAGCCCAAGUGGAACAAAGGUGAGUCUGACUCUGAGAAAUACGACUUGGAUGAAUUAGGUUUUAGGCUUCCCGGAUCUAAGGCUUUUUUCCAUCAAGCUGACCCAGUGCGUGAAAUGCUGAUAUCCCAUCGGGAGAAUGGAAGGGAGAUUAGAUUUGCCAUUGACCAAUUCCAUUCAGCAAGCCAGGAUGCUGCUGCAAAGCCUAAAAUUAAUUAUUGUCCACCAGUUAGCAUGGAGAAAAGACUGAUCGCCAGGUCCUACGCAUCCAUAAGUCUCACUCCUUUUCAGGUAAUUGAAAAAGCCUACAGAGACAGACAGAAAGCUGAAAACCUUAACUUAAAGGCUGACUGGGUCGCUCAGGCCCGUGUCACCAGAAUUGAGGCACAGAACCACAUCAAGGGGUAUCUCGAGUCAAGAAACAGCAGUGCUCUCAAUAAAUCUGAGAGAGAUAGUUUACAACUACAGGAAGCCAUGGAGCAGCACAAGACAAAUGAUUCAAAGCUGAUUCAGUUAGCACGACAAAGACAUGCAAGGUUUCUGGAGGAAAAGAAACAGCGGGCUGCUGAAAAUGCACACGUAAAGGACUUCAGCGCACAGCAUAUAUCAAUAAGCAAUGCAAUGUUGAAAUACAAAAUGCAAGAGAGAAAGUACGCCCUCAGACAAGAGAAGACAGACCUUGUGAUGACCUGUAAGCUGAAACAGGAAGAGCGAAUGCAGCUGGUCCAUAAGUACAUGGAACAUAGGAAAUUUGCCAUUCAGACUGAAGCGCAUUUUGAAAAAAUGGCUAUCGACAGUCGUCUUGUGCAAAAAGCAAAUGACCGUUUGAAGCAAGUCAGAGCCAAAGUAGCAUCUCAGAAAGCUCACCGAGCCACCCUAGUGGCUAUGCAACCAGUUCCAGUGGAUCAAAUUCCAAUAUAAUAUGUACAGGAAACAAAUGAUGUGACAUUAAAAUGAGGGUGAUCUCUACACAUACAAUGCUGAAAUUGUGCAUUGAAGUUUAUUUAAAAAUAUAGUCUUCUACUUGCCUUUUCUUAAAACUCACUCUAGUAUACCAACUUCAUGGAGUUUCUGAAAAUUACUCAAAUUAUAUUUUUUUAAAACAUGGCUUUUCUUUGUUGAAGUUAUUUUUACCUAUUUUACACUUGCAUGGUAAGUCAACUUGAUAAACAUAUAUGGUAGCACGGGAAAAUGAAAUUUGAAUAUGGUUUGUCUGAUGUCUCCAUUCCAAAUAGUGAUAUGUAGAUACACCAGUGUGACUGAAUGAAUACUCAAAUUGCAUUUCCAUGUGUAAUUUGAAUAUACUGUAGUUGUGUGGUUGGUAAGGAAAGGGUAGAAAAGAAAGACCACACCUUAAGGGAAAAGGACAGAUGCCAAUAUCAGGAACGAGUAACGUUCAACCUGAACGGAUUUUAUAUAAACAAAUACACAUGAAGAAAAAAAAAGAUAUU